UAUACAACCUGUGUAGGGCUUGUGAUGAACCCUUUUUAAGUGGUGAUUUUGUUACUAGUUUUACUGUACUAACUGUCAAAAAUAAUUACGAAAUAAACAUAAUAUACUGUAAUGUCAAUUUUCUUAUAACAUCGAUCUGAAAUUAACUUCAAAGUGUUUACAAUAGAGUGCAGUGUGUGUAUUAAAAUUACAACGGCGGAUAAUUUAAACAAUGGGAAAUUCAGGAUUAAAACAACAUUUUGAAACCUCAAAAAAAACUGGUGUAUUAACAUUAUCUAAUGAAAAAUUAACUGAAUUUCCACCACAGUUAAAACAGUUACAUGGAAAUUUACGUAGUUUAGAUAUUUCCAAUAAUAAAUUUAUUAUUUUACCCGAUGAAAUCAAAAAUUUUAAUCAAUUAAAGCAUUUUAAUUUCAGUAAUAAUAAAUUAAAAACUUUGCCCGAAACUAUUGGUGAUGUGCAAAAAUUGGAAACUCUUAAUGGUAAUUCAAACGUUUUAUUUAAAUUACCAAAAUCCUUAUCGAAUUUACGAAACUUGAAACAAGUUAGUUUAUCUAAUAAUAAUUUUCAAGAAUUUCCAUUAGUAUUUGGUGGAUUAAAACAUUUGGAUUUGUUAGAUUUAUCACAAAAUAAAAUAACAACUAUUCCAGACGAAGUAAAAUUAUUGUAUGUGAUUGAAUUAAAUGUGAAUCAGAACCAAAUAUCAACGAUAUCAAAGUCGAUUGCCUCAGCACCCCGAUUAAAAACAUUACGAUUAGAAGAAAAUUGUUUACCAAUUGCAGAAAUACACACGGAGAUUUUAAAAAAUUCAGAAAUUUCAACAUUGUCAUUAGAAGGAAAUUUAUUUGACACGAAACAAUUUAUGGAAACUGAUGGUUAUGAAGAUUACAUGAUUCGGUUUACGGCAGUCAAGAAAAAAAUGUUUUAA